AUGGGAUCACUCGGCAUCUCAUCAGACUCAAACCCGGUCGGGUCUUACCCAUCGUCCGGCAUUGAAGUGCUGAUUGUCGGAACUGGUCUUGCUGGCCUGACAGCUAGUAUCGAAUGUAUUCGUAAGGGACACAGCGUACGCAUCCUUGAGCGCAAUGACGACAUCAACACGGCAGGUGACAUGUACUUCAUGGGCCUCUCAGCAACCCGCUUUUUCAAGCAUUGGCCAGAGCUCUCAGAGGAGUAUGACUCCAUCUCUCUGCACAAUGCGUGGAUUGAGACCUUCAAGCAUGACGGCGAGCGAAUGAUUCCGCCGUCGUAUGUAUCGGAUCGUCUGCGCGCCCAAGGCCUAGACCCAAAGACACCUCCUGGCACAUUUCAAAUGCGGCCGUUGGUGUAUAAGAUGUUUGUGCGACAGGUUGAAAAGCUGGGUGUGAAUGUUCAGUUUGGCACCAAGAUUGUUGAUUUCCAUGAGGACGAGGCCCUGGGUAAAGCAUAUGCCAUCAGCGACAAGGGUGAGAAGUUCGAGGCGGAUGUGAUCAUCGCUGCGGACGGUGUCGGCUCCAAGAGCCAGAAGCUUGUUGGAGGCCAGGUACGCGCCAUGAGCUCAGGCAGAGCAAUGUGGCGAGCUGCCUUCCCACGUGAGGUUUUGGACCAGAACCCCAAGGUCAAAGAGUUCUUCAAAAUGGUUGGUCCUAAUGACAGUGAACCAAUCAUCCGAACAUGGCUUGGUCCAGGCACAUACGCCAUGACCUUGACGCGGCCAGACACCAUGAUUUGGAUCAUGAAUCACGAUGUGACUGGUUCUGAGGAGGAGAACUGGAAUAACACUAUUGACGCCGAGGAGGUCCUGCAGAACAUGGACAAGGGUGUCGGCCCCAAGCCAUGGGCCCCUAUGUUCAAGGAGCUCAUCAAGCUCACACCGCCCAACACCAUCAUCAACUUUGAGCUCUUCUGGCGCAAUCCUCAACCUAAGUGGGCUUCGCCUGCUGGUCGUGUUAUCCAAAUCGGCGACGCUGCUCACUCCUUCCUGCCUGCGUCGAGCAAUGGUGCUACCCAGGCCAUCGAAGACGCCGUCUCCAUAGCGUCAUGCCUGCAGAUUGGUGGCAAGGAGAAGAUUCCGCAAUCCGUAAAAGCGCAUGUUCGCAUCCGCUUCACGCGCGUCUCAUGUGCGCAGAAGCUCGGUUUCUCGAAUGCUGAGCUGCUGCAGGAUACCGACUGGAGCAAGGUCAAGCUUGACCCUCGACGAGCACAACCCAAGCUUCCCAGCUGGGUUUUCAGCCAUGACCCCGAGAAGUAUGCAUACGAGAACUAUGAAAAGGUCGUCGAAAGCAUGAACAAGGGUAUUCCAUUCUCUGAGGAUGACAGUAUUCCACCAAACUAUCCUCCUGGCUACAAGUACGAGCCAUGGAGCAUUGACCAGAUCAUGGACGAUGUGAGAAAUGGUCGGCCAGUCAAUGUAGGGCCUGGCAAUUGGGAAUAA